AUGGGUGUGGAUUCGCUCGUGGCGAUCGAGUUGCGCAACUGGUGCCGACAGAAGAUCGGGCUUGAGAUUACCGUCUUGGAGAUUCUCGACCUGUCGACUCUGGAAGCCUUUGGUAGAUCCGCUGCGCAACGUCUAUAUUCGGAAUAUGGAGGCGGCGAAGGGUAUGUUCGUGAAUCAUUCUUGAAUAUGAAGGCUCCAUGA